AAGCCUUUGUAUAGCCCCUCACGUGACGAUGAGUAACGUUGGUGGGGUCCAGAUGCUGAUAGGUUAUCAGAAAAUCCGCGAAAUCUUGCCCCACGCACAAAUCAUUCAAAAACUCCAUACAACCAACCUCAAGAUUGGUGACGAGAUACAGAUCAGAACACCGCCAAUAUGAGACCUAUUCUGUUGUCAGGCCACGAAAGGGCCUUGACCCAAAUUAGAUACAACCCCGAUGGCGACCUGCUAUUCUCCGUAUCCAAGGACCAGCAGAUCUGCGUGUGGUUUUCGCAUAAUGGCGAACGGUUAGGUACAUAUAAGGGCCACCAGGGUGCUAUAUGGACCGUAGAUGUAGACCCGACGUCGACCUUCAUCGCAAGCGGUAGCGCCGACAACACCAUCCGCCUGUGGGAGAUCAAGACCGGCCGUUGCCUCAAGACUUGGGAAUUUCCCACUGCUGUCAAGCGCGUCGAGUUCAGCGACGAUGGUCGCCAGCUGCUGGGCGUCACCGAGAAGCGCAUGGGUCAUCUCGGAACUAUCGUGGUUCUAGAUGUCGUGUUAGAAGUUGACGCCGAGCAGAGCGACGAGCGCGUCCUGACCAUCGUGUGUGAUGAGAGCAAAGCUACCGUUGCCGGCUGGAGCUACCUAAACAAGUACAUCAUCGCAGGACAUGAGGAUGGUUCCGUAUCGCAGUAUGACGCUAAGACUGGAGAGCUACUCGAUAAUGUCCCCAUCCACGAGCUCAACAUGCAAGUGACAGACCUCCAGUGGUCGCCCGACCGCACCUACUUCAUCACAGCCUCCAAGGACAAGACCGCCCGACUGAUAGCCGCGCGCGACCUCGAGCCCCUCAAGACCUACGUGACGGACACCCCCCUUAACAGCGCAUGCAUUACCCCGAAUAAGGACUACGUUAUCCUAGGUGGUGGACAGGCCGCCAUGGACGUCACCACGACCGCAGCUCGCCAAGGAAAAUUCGAGGCGCGUUUCUACCACAAGGUUUUCGAGGAUGAGAUCGGUCGUGUAAGGGGCCAUUUCGGACCUUUGAACACUGUAGCAGCGGACCCCACAGGCAAGGGCUACGCCAGCGGUGGAGAAGACGGUUAUGUACGUAUCCACCACUUCGAUAAGGGAUACUUCGACUUCCGGUACGAGGUCGAGCGCGAGCGCGACAACAGGCUAUAAUAAGAACACGCGCGUAGCGUAUAGCUCUUCUAGCCCCGCAUAUUCUUCCUCCCCGAAUCAUCCCGCCGCUCCGUCGUGGCGUAUAUACGUACACGCGUUGAUCGUUGCUACGAGGUAGAAAGUGGGAGAGAGAAAGGGAGGGAUGGAAGAUAUCCGGCGUUGUGUCCUCGUUUUUAUUAUUCCGCGUUCUUCUAGCCAGAACUUGCAUCCAUCCAUCCGGGAA